AUGCUGUCUUAUGCAGCUCCUACACUCAUUGGAUUAUUCACCAUACCAACCGCAUGGAGAUUUGCUAGAAACUUCAAGUCACCCAAAUCGACCAAUCAUGAAGCUCUCUAUGAAGACAAAGAUGGGGUGGCUACGGAAGAUUCCAUGGCGAAAUACUCCACCAAACUUCAAUUCGUGAUGAUCUUCACUUCUCUCAUUGUGGGACUUCUGGUAUCAUUUGGAUCGGCUGUUUUUGCUACGGUUGAGAAGAAGGAGGGAUUCUCGGAUUAUUGUUUGAUGCAACUUUGGUUGUUAUUCGUAUCUUGGAUUUUCGCAUUCAUUCAGAUAUUGGAAACUUCAAGAGAAAUUCAUCCUGUAUUGAAAUUUCAAAAAGGAAUAUUUAAUUCCGUGUCAUGUAUCUUGAUAGUUGUUCUCGCAUGUCUCGUGCUAUCGGGGCCCCUUCCAAAUGAAGCCCCCUUCCGCCUCGCAUCUGUCAUUCUCACAGCCCUCCAAAUCAUUGCUGCUGCUUUCAGCGCUGCAACAUUCUACUUUGUUGAGCGCCGCCCCGAUGUCUUUACCCCUGAUGGAAGGGUUGUCGAGAGACAAUUUAAAAAGUCGUUAUGGAAUAGAUAUGCCUUCAAUUGGAGCACUGAGCUCCUUGAUAUCGCUUCGAAAAAAUUAAUUGAGGUAUCGGAUCUCCCUGCUAUGGAUGGACAUGUCCGUUCGAAAGAUGUUAGAGACUCUUUCAAAUCAAUAGUAUUGAAGUCAACAGUUCCAUUAUGGCUCCAAGUUUUCUGGGCAUAUCGUACAGCCAUAUUUACUCAAUGGGUGUUGGUAAUGAUCUCGUCUGUUAUCGAUGCUGCGCCACAGUUUGCUGUGUUAAAACUGCUUCAAUAUCUCGAAGCUCGUCAAGGAUUUGAUGCCAUUGAUCCUCAAGCGUGGAUUUGGGUAUUUGGUCUUUUCGCAGCUACAAUUGCUGAAACCCUGAUGGACAACCGAAUUAAUUGGUUGAUGUGGUCCGAUCUUGCAAUUCCGAUUAGAUCAACUCUUACAUCACUAAUAUUCGAAAAGAUGAUGAAGAUGAAGGAUUGCAAGGAGCCUCCGAAGGCAGAAGACAAGGACGCAACAGCAGACAAGACAAAAGAUUCACCCAAGACUGAUGAUGCACCUAAGGCAAAUGGAAAUGCAAACGCAAAUGACACGGCAAAGCCAGAUGCAUCGAAUGAUCAUGGACCUCAUGGACCACACGCUAAGAAAGGGAAGGAUGGGGACGCAAAGAAAAAAGUCGAGACCGACAAAGACAUUGUCAAUAUGUUUGCCGUGGAUGCAAAUCAAGUCGGUGUUUUUGGCGCUGUCAAUCAGUUCUACAUUUUAUUUUUCUGCAAAUUCCUUGUUUCGGUUGUCUUUUUAUGGCUCUUAGUUGGUUGGGAGUCAACGGCUGCCGGUAUGCUAGCAAUCAUAGGCAUGGCACCAAUAAAUCAGGCCCUUGCAAAGAGAUAUGGAGGUUUUCAAAGAGAGUUGAUGAAGGCUCGAGAUAAGAAGACUACUAUUGUCACCGAGGCACUUAAUGGUAUCCGGCAAAUCAAGUUCUCCGCCAACGAAACUCAAUGGAGCAAAAAGAUAUUCGAAGCUCGUGAGGAAGAAAUUGGGAAAUUGUGGAAGACUAAGAUCAACAACUUGUAUAUGAUGGUUGGUUCAAAUGUGGCUCCAGUGCUCCUGACAGUCUUGGCUCUGGCUACGUACUCUUAUAUUCACGGAGACUUAUUACCAUCAGUCGCAUUUACAGCAUUGGGCGUAUUCAUGCAACUUGAAGGUGUCCUAGGAAUGGUUCCGUUCCUAUUUAUGAUGGGAAUGAAUGCCAAAGUGAGUUGUGAUAGAAUCGAUUCUUUUCUCCAGUCCCCAGAAAAGCCAGAGAAUACAUACCCUGGUGAAUCCAUUACCCUCGACAAUGUGUCCGUCAGCUUCCCAUCAAAAUCCAAGGUUUCAGAAGAUGAGGACAGAUUUAUUCUUAGAGAUCUUACUCUUAACUUUCCCAACAAUGCUCUGAGUGUUAUUUCGGGACCUACGGGCUCUGGCAAGUCACUUCUACUUUCAGCCAUAUUAGGUGAAGUAGAAGUUCUAUCUGGAAAUAUUACUGUACCCCGAGCACCUCAAGCCGAUGAGAGACAUGAUAGCAAAGCUACAGCUGCAGACUGGGUUCUACCCUCCGCCAUAGCAUUUGUUUCCCAAACUCCGUGGAUCGAAAAUGCUACCAUUAAAGACAAUAUCCUAUUCGGUUUGCCCUUCGACUCUACACGAUAUCAAAAAGUCCUUGACGCAUGUGCUCUUACAAAAGAUCUUCACAUGUUUGAUGACGGCGACUUGACAGAAGUUGGCGCUCAAGGUAUAAGCUUAAGUGGUGGACAAAAGUGGCGUUUGACUUUAGCAAGAGCUUUCUACUCUCGUGCUGGAAUAUUGAUUCUCGAUGACGUCUUUUCGGCUCUUGAUGCACACGUUGGGAAAGAGAUCUAUGAUAAUGCCCUCAUGGGAGAACUAUCCCAAGGUCGCACGCGCAUUCUAGUAACACACCACGUAUCGUUGUGUCUCCCACGUGCUAGUUACGCCGUUCAGCUAUCGAAGAAUGGAGGACUCGAACAUGCCGGUUCUAUUGAUGAGCUCAAAAAGACAGGAAAUUUCGAUGAAAUCAUCAAAGCAGAGCAAGUUUCCGGAGUAGCAGAUGAGGAGGAGGCGAAUGCAUCCGAGGCAAAUGGUGACAAGAAGCCAUCCGAUGAACCAGCUUCCAAGCCUAAAAAACUUAUUGAAGAAGAAAAACGAGAAACGGGAAGUGUCAAGGCAAGCGUCUACACGAAAUACCUUAUGGCGACUGGCGGCAUUCCUUUCUGGGGACUGGUAAUCAUCUUUUAUUUGAUCGCAGAAGCUCUAGUCAUUGGAAGGUCCUGGUGGAUCAAGAUAUGGACAUCGUCCUAUGAACAUUCUGAGAUAAACUUGUCCAGUUUCAAUUCUACUCAUCUGCCUUACAUGACUUCCAUGCAACAGCAGCUUCAACCAUCAGUUUUCGUCUCAAAAUUGAACAAUCCAUUCUCAAAAGACCAUACCUUGGGCUACUAUCUGUUGGGAUAUGUCCUGAUUUCGGCUGUCUCUGUUGUUGUCGCCACUGGUAGAUAUUACUUCAUUUAUCGUGGAUCUCUAUCUGCUUCUAGGAAUGUCUUCAAGGAGAUGACGAAUAUCGUACUUCGUACUCCUUUGAGAUGGUUGGAUACUGUUCCUACAGGACGGAUUUUGAAUCGUUUCACUGCAGAUUUCACUUCCAUGGAUUCGCAACUCUCCACAAAUUUUGCUCAAACCGCCUCUUCAUUCCUUGAAAUCAUAGGAAUCAUGGUAUCUGCAUUCUUUGUAUCUCCAUAUAUCAUUAUCAUCGCAGUGAUCCUACUAGGUAUUUGCACUUAUAUCGCUCUCCUUUAUAUUAAGGGCGCACGCUCUCUCAAACGCCUCGAAUCAGUCCAGAAAUCCCCCAUGAUUUCACACUUUGGAUCAGCUCUUGCAGGUUUAAGUACCAUCCGUGCAUUUGCAAAUUCACAGGUUUUUGAAGCCAAGAUGCAUGAGUUGGUAGACUCGUUUGCGGCUGCAACUUGGCAUAAUUGGCUGUUUAAUCGAUGGUUCGGACUUCGUAUGGCAUUGGUUGGUUCAUUCUUCUCGUCAUGUGUAGCUGCAUUUAUUGUCUCCACUCACGGUGUUGAUGCGUCACUGGCUGGAUUCGCACUAGCAUUUGCAUUGAGUUAUAGACGGGCUGUUAUUUAUACUAUUAGAUUGCUUGCUUCAACAGAGCUCGACAUGAAUGCUGCUGAAAGAAUUUUCGAGUAUACACAAUUAGAGAUGGAACCUCAGGGCGGAACAGAUAAUAUCCGCGCUUCGUGGCCAGAAGAGGGUAAAAUAGAAGUAACAGACUUAGAAGUUGGGUAUGCCGAAGGAUUACCGGCAAUUUUGAAAGGGUUAACAUUUUCUGUGGAUAAAAAUCAACGGGUUGGAGUUGUUGGAAGGACUGGUGCUGGAAAAUCAACACUAUCCCUUGCUCUUUUCCGUUUCUUGGAAGCCCGAGCUGGUACCAUUUCGAUCGAUGGAGUCGACAUCUCUACUCUCAAACUUCACGACCUCCGAACCCGGCUCUCAAUCAUACCCCAAGAUCCUGUACUCUUCUCCGGUACCAUUCGCUCCAACUUGGAUCCUUUCGAUGAGUUCUCCGAUCAACAAUUAAAGGAAGCCCUCCAACGCGUCCACCUCAUUCCCUCUGCGGACAGCACUCCCGCCCCAGAACUCGAAACUCUAGCCGAAUCAUCCACCGCCGCAUCAAGCAGCUCCACAACCGUCACAGUCGCCGAAUCCUCAACAAAAGAAAACACAAACAUAUUCUUGAACCUUACAUCCCCGAUUUCCUCUGCCGGUGCCAACCUUUCCCAAGGCCAAAAACAACUUCUCUGUCUCGCACGUGCUAUUCUCUCACGACCAAAAGUUCUUCUUCUCGACGAAGCUACGUCUGCUGUUGAUAUGACAACUGAUACAUUAAUCCAACGCAGCAUCCGUGAAGAAUUCGCAAACACGACAUUAUUAGUUGUAGCGCAUCGACUAAGUACUGUAGCUGAUUUCGAUCGAAUAUUAGUUAUGCGUGAUGGAGUAGCGGCUGAGUUUGGUAGCCCCAAAGAGUUGUUGGAGAUAGAGGAUGGAGUUUUCAAGGGGAUGGUAGCACAGAGUGGGGAGAGUGAGGUGUUGGAGAGGAGUAUUAGGGGAGAGUUUUAA